GUUGCCUUGUGAAUCAAGCGCCAUAGUCACCGUAGUCCUGGUGACUGUUAUCAACAACAUCUGCUCUUCCACCGCUUUCUAUUAGCUUCCUAAUCAUCACCUACAGCAGCCACCACCAGCAAGAACAACAACACAGCUUUCCGCGAUUCAGAGACCACGAUGCAGACAUCAGAGUCUGGAUCAGACACAGGUUCGACUGUGACUUUACAAGCAUCUGUGGCUGGCCAGGCAGCAGUGCCCACACAGGUUGUACAGCAGGUACCGGUUCAGCAACAGGUACAGCAAGUACAGACUGUGCAACAGGUACAACAUGUCUACCCAGCCCAGGUUCAGUAUGUGGAGGGAAGUGACACAGUCUACAGAAAUGGAACAAUUCGAACAACUUAUCCUUACACGGAAACCCAGAUGUAUAGCCAAAACACUGGGGGAAAUUACUUCGAAGGAAGUUCUGCACAGGCAACUACAGUGGUCUCCUCUCAUAGUAUGGUGGGCACCGGAGGGAUUCAGAUGGGUGUUGCAGGAGGACAGCUCAUUAGCAACUCAGGAGGGACCUAUCUGAUUGGCAAUUCAAUGGAAAAUUCUGGUCAUUCAGUGACUCAUACAACACGGGCCUCCCCAGCUACAAUUGAGAUGGCGAUUGAGACACUUCAAAAAUCUGAUGGUCUUUCUACUCACAGAAGCUCUCUUCUCAACAGCCAUCUCCAAUGGCUUUUAGACAACUAUGAAACUGCAGAAGGAGUGAGUCUCCCCAGAAGUACCCUUUACAACCAUUACUUACGUCAUUGUCAGGAGCACAAGUUAGAUCCAGUCAAUGCUGCCUCCUUUGGAAAACUCAUACGGUCAAUCUUCAUGGGAUUACGGACCAGAAGACUGGGAACCAGGGGGAACUCUAAAUACCAUUAUUAUGGGAUUCGUGUCAAACCAGAUUCUCCCCUUAAUCGGUUACAAGAGGACAUGCAAUAUAUGGCUAUGAGACAGCAACCCAUGCAGCAGAAACAGAGGUACAAGCCUUUGCCAAAAGUGGAUGGAGUUCCAGAUAGUUUCACAGGAAGUGGUCAACAGACAGGCACAUCUGCUGAACAAACUAUAAUUGCCCAAAGUCAACAUCAUCAACAGUUUUUAGAUGCAUCUCGAGUACUUCCAGAGUUUGGCGAAGUUGAAAUAUCUUCUCUGCCAGAUGGUACUACCCUUGAGGACAUAAAAUCACUGCAAAGUCUUUAUCGAGAACACUGUGAGGCAAUAGUGGAUGUUAUUGUGAAUCUUCAGUUUAGCCUGAUAGAAAAAUUGUGGCAAACUUUCUGGCGCUAUUCUCCCUCUGCUCCAGCUGACGAUGUGGCUAUUAUUGAACUGAGCAAUCUGAGUGAAAUAGAAAGUCGACUUCCAAAAGGAAAACUUAUUACUCUGUGCAAAAAUGAGUCUAUUCUGAAAUGGAUGGGUAACUGUGACCAUGUGAUGUACCAGGCUUUGGUGGAGAUUCUCAUUCCUGAUGUCCUUAGACCUAUUCCUAGUGCCUUGACUCAGGCCAUUCGCAAUUUUGCAAAAAGCCUUGAAGGUUGGCUUUCCAGUGCCAUGAACAAUAUUCCACAGAGAAUGAUACAAAGCAAGGUUGCCACUGUAAGUGCCUUUGCCCAGACUUUGAGAAGAUACACAUCUCUCAAUCACCUGGCUCAGGCAGCUCGGGCUGUGCUUCAGAACACUUCUCAGAUCAACCAGAUGCUCAGUGAUCUCAACCGUGUGGAUUUUGCCAAUGUACAGGAACAGGCUUCCUGGGUGUGUCAGUGUGAUGACAAUAUGGUUCAAAAACUAGAAACAGAUUUCAAGAUGACUCUUCAGCAGCAGAGCACUCUAGAGCAGUGGGCGGCCUGGCUUGAUAAUGUAAUGGUGCAAGCAUUGAAACCAUAUGAAGGAAGACCCAGCUUUCCUAAAGCAGCACGUCAAUUUCUUUUAAAAUGGUCUUUCUACAGCUCAAUGGUGAUUCGAGAUUUAACCUUACGCAGUGCUGCUAGCUUUGGCUCUUUUCAUCUGAUCCGCUUGCUUUAUGAUGAGUACAUGUUUUACUUAGUCGAACAUCGUGUUGCUCAGGCAACAGGAGAAACACCUAUCGCAGUUAUGGGAGAGUUUGGUGAUUUAAAUACUCUAUCCCCUGGAAAUAUGGAUAAAGAUGAGGGCAGUGAAGUUGAAAGUGAACUAGAAGAAGAGAUGGAUGAAAAUGGAGGGCCACAAGCCAAGAGGGAGAAAACAGACUUAAACCAAGCAUUUCAGGUGGGCUGCUUGCAGCAGCCAGUGCUUGAGAGUGGAAUAGAGCAGAGCCUCCUGAACCCAAUUCAUAAUGAGCACAUUGUUACAAAUACUCAGACUAUCAGACAAUGCAGUGCUACUGGAAAUACAUAUACUUCAGUCUAAUAUUGAA